AUGAACAGAAGCCUCGCCACCUUCAGCUUACCCCCGGAUGAUCCUUGUCACACCUCCAAGGGAAUGACUAUCUUUCUGAUCACGUCCUACUGCCUGGUGAUGCUGCUGGGACUCCUAGGCAACGUUGGGCUCAUCUGCAUCAUUGUGCGGCAGAAGGAGAAAGCCAACGUCACCAGCAUUCUCAUUGCCAACCUCUCUGUCUCAGAUAUCUUGGUGUGUGCCUUCUGUUUGCCCUUCACUGUGGUUUACACUCUGAUGGACCACUGGAUCUUUGGUGCUGUCCUGUGCCGCCUGACACCCUUCAUCCAGUGCAUGUCAGUGACGGUCUCAAUCCUAUCCCUUGUACUCAUUGCCCUUGAGCGCCACCAGCUCAUCAUCAACCCCAGCGGCUGGAAGCCCACUGUGCCCCAAGCCUACCUUGCAGUGGUGAUCAUCUGGAUGCUUGCCUGCUUCACCUCCCUGCCUUUCCUCGCUUUCCAUCUGCUCACCAGCGAGCCGUACAAGGCCCUGCCCCCUCCCCUGCGACAGCCAGAGGGAAAAGAGGCCUGCACAGAGAACUGGCCCUCCCAGCAGCACAAGCUGGCCUACACUACCUGGUUGCUCAUCUUCCAGUAUUGUGCCCCAUUGCUGUUUGUGCUUGUUUGCUACUUGCGCAUCUUUAUUCGGCUGCGGCGCAGACGCCAUAUGUUAGACCGUGGCUGUGAGGAGAACCGCUGCAUGAGCCACAGUAAGCGCAUCAACGCCAUGCUGGUGGCGCUGGUCACUGCCUUUGCUGUCUGCUGGUUGCCUCUCAACACCUUCAAUGUGGUGGCUGACUGGCACAAUGAAGCCAUCCCACCGUGCCACCACAACCUGGUGUUCUCGCUAUGUCACUUGGUGGCCAUGGCUUCCACCUGCGUCAACCCUGUCAUUUACGGUUUCCUCAACAGUAACUUCAGGAAGGAAGUAAAGGCUGCAGUGCUGCACUGCGGGUGCCGGCCUGUAGAGGACUAUGAGCAAUUUCCCCUCUCCACCAUGCAAACGGAGGUGUCCCGGACGUCGCUGCGCCUCAGCUGUACGAACACCUCCGCAUAAGACGUUGCUUGACCAGUUAAAGCACAGCCAGAACCACCCCAGACUUGGGAAAACAUUGGGUCAAAGAUGAUGAUUGCUCAGAUGGGGCCAUGUUCAUUCUUCUACAGGCAGUGGGACCUAGCUUCUGUCUGAAGAAUAGCAGUAACACAUUGCACCAAAGCUACUGAGCUGCAUUCUUGAUAAAACCACGUCAAAAAA